AUGGUAGCACCACACAGUCCACCAGAAUUGCUCUCCCUCGACGACUGCUACAGUGAGCGUAAUCCUGCCCUCGAUGAGUACUCUUUGUCAGAACAAACCCAGAAGAUUGUUCGUGAGAAUCCUGAUGAAUUCUCAGUUAUGAUUAGAUACUGGAAUCAGCAUGUUACAGAUCCUGCGGCAUACCAGCUCAACUUGAAAGAAAUCCGCGCUGAAGGACGACGUCUGUUAUCUUUGUUCCUCGAACGAACUCAAAUCGUUGCGGGUACACCAGUCUCUUUGGAGAUGAUGUACAAUCAUGAGGAUUGGGCUCCUACUUUCAUUGUUGUGGAUGAAGCCGGUCGUCUCACAGAGGCUAUGACUACGCUGACCUUCUCUCACUUCCCCCAGACGCCGACAAUCUUUAUCGGUGAUACCAAGCAGUUCGGCCCCAUGGCAAUUGCCGAGGAAGACAGGGAAUAUCGUGUGCUAUUUCCCAAACAGCGCAAGCGCUCUUUAUUGCAACGGAUAGAAGCAGCCGGACAAAUCGACUUCGUCCUGCGCGUGAAUUAUCGUGCCCACUGA